GUCGUCACCAGCCUUUCCGCGGCGAGUCCAGAUGCUCAUUGGUUCCAUUUGCUGCCACUCAGGGAAGACGGGCUGCUGGGUCGGUCAUCGGUGGAGCGACUGACGGAGCGGAGACGGAGGAUUAAAUUUCAAAAUGAAUGUGGCAAAGGGUGGCUACCGCGUAUUCUCGGCAAAUUCAAAUGCUGCUUGCACAGAGUUAGCCAAACGCAUCACUGAGCGUCUUGGAGUUGAACUUGGGAAAGCUGUGGUUUACCAGGAACCAAACCGUGAAACACGAGUGGAAAUAAAAGAAUCUGUCCGUGGCCAGGAUAUUUUUAUCAUUCAGACCAUCUCACGAGAUGUUAAUACAGCUGUGAUGGAAUUACUGAUCAUGGCCUACGCCUGCAAGACUUCGUGUGCCCGGAACAUUAUUGGAGUAAUUCCUUACUUCCCCUACAGUAAGCAGUGUAAGAUGAGGAAGAGGGGCUCCAUCGUUUGCAAACUGCUGGCAUGCAUGUUGGCCAAAGCAGGAUUAACCCACAUUAUCACAAUGGACCUUCAUCAGAAGGAAAUUCAAGGUUUCUUCAACAUUCCUGUGGACAACCUCCGAGCAUCACCAUUUCUACUGCAGUACAUUCAGGAUGAGAUCCAGGAUUACAGGAAUGCAAUCAUUGUUGCAAAGUCGCCCGCUGCUGCCAAGAGAGCACAGUCCUAUGCAGAGAGACUGCGGCUGGGGCUGGCAGUGAUACAUGGAGAGGCUCAGUAUGCAGAGUAUGACUUGGUGGAUGGGCGUCACUCUCCUCCAGCAGUGAAGAACACAAUGAUACAUUCUGGUCUGGAGUUACCAUCUGUACAUAGGCUGCAAGUUCCGUUUCCUGGUAUUGAGCUUCCAAUGAUGAUGCCAAAGGAAAAGCCACCCAUCACUGUGGUUGGAGAUGUUGGUGGAAGAAUAGCCAUCAUUGUGGAUGACAUUAUUGAUGACGUCGAUAGCUUUGUGGCAGCUGCGGAGAUUCUGAAGGAGAGGGGAGCCUACAAGAUCUAUGUCAUGGCCACUCAUGGCCUCCUCUCUGCUGAUGCCCCGAGUUUGAUAGAGGAGUCAGCCAUUAAUGAGGUGGUUGUAACAAAUACUAUUCCUCACGAAGUUCAGAAGCUACAGUGUCCCAAGAUCAAAACUGUCGAUGUCAGCAUGAUUCUUUCUGAAGCCAUUCGACGCAUCCACAAUGGGGAAUCCAUGUCGUACCUGUUCCGUAACAUUACCGUCGAUGACUAACCCGAAUCUUUGUGAAGCGGUAAAGUGCGUAAGCAGAGGUGAUGCAGGGCAUGGUGUGAUGUCAGGAGCUGUUUCAGUGGUUGCCAAUUGUUGCCUUCAUUCCUGGUACAGAAUGUCUCUCUCAGGAAGAAAGCCCUGCCUUUUAAAUGGUUCCUGCAAUGUCAUUUAAUUCUGAAAAUAACAACUGCAGUCUUUUGGAAAUCACUGCUGAAUGGCUGUUUGAAAGCUGUAAAUUGUUAACAGUGCAAUUAAGUCACACUCUUCCUGUACAGACUGCUGUCAGUAAAGGACUGAAUACCGGGGUGGGAGUGAAACUCCCACACUGCAGUGAACUUUAUUUUUCUGUGAAUUGUUAGACAGCAUUAUCAGUGAUGCCAGACGUCUGUGACGGCUUGGUUGUUAUGUCACUAAUUAAACUACCAUGAUUACCCAAGAAUUGUCUGAAAGUUUGGU